AAACAAUCCCAUCACUGUAUAUUUCCCUCUUAUUUUUCUUUCGACAAUCUCUUUCUUUCUCUCCAUAGAACCAACAAAACUUUCUUGAAAAAACCAACAAAUUACAUUUCAUAUUUCUUAAAAAAUGAGGACUCCAUUUUUCUCAUCAUCAAAAUCCUCUUCAGAUAAUUAUUCAUCGUCCAUUUCUAGUCACACUUUUUGUGAAUCUUUAAUGGAAGAAACAAUACAAAAUUCUCAAUCAAUUAUCAAAAAAUGGGAUCUCGAGGCUUCCUCUGUCUCUACCUCUACCUCUUAUAACAGAGUCGUGAAUCUCUUUCGCGACAAUCCUUUAGAAGCCAAGCGCCUUCUUGAAGCCGUUAACGACUUACAACACGCGAUGCAAUUCGUUAUUAAAGACAAUUCGAGCUCUAAACUCCUUGUUCGAGCUCAUAAUCUCAUUCAAAUUGCUAUUAAGAGACUCAAGAAAGAAUUCUACACGAUUUUAUCGGGUAGUAGCUACUUUCUUGAUCAUGAAAAAGUGUCGUCAUCAGACGAAGUUUCGGAAUUUGUCAUGGCUGAUUUGAAAUCCAUUGCUGAUUGUAUGAUUGGAGCUGGUUAUGGAAAAGAAUGCGUAAAAUUGUACAAAAUGAAUCGAAAAUCAGUAAUCGAUGAGACUUUGUAUUACUUAGGAAUUGAGAAAUUGAGCUCUUCUCAAAUUCAGAAAAUGGAUUGGGAAUUAAUUGAGAUGAAAAUCAAGAAUUGGUUGAGUUCUGUUAAGAUUGCUGUCAAUGCUCUGUUUCGCGGAGAACGGAUUCUCUGCGAUUAUGUCUUCUCUUCCUCCGAAAACAUCAGAGAAUCGUGUUUUUCGGAGAUUGCCAACGAUGGUGGUUUGACUCUGUUCGUGUUCCCGGAAAUGGUGAUGAAGCACAAGAAGAAGUUAUCACCGGAGAAAAUGUUCAGAGUUUUGGAUGUGUAUGAGGUUAUUUGUGAGCUAUGGAUUGAACUCGAAACGAUAUUCAGCUUUGAUUCAACGGCGGUAGUCAAAGCUCAGGCAAUGGCAUCACUGGGUAAGCUUGGUGAUGUCGCUAGAGCCAUGUUGUCUGAGUUUGAAACCGCCGUUCAAAAAGAUACCUCGAAGGUGGUGCUAGGUGGCGGAGUUCACCCGUUAACUCGUUAUGUCAUGAACUAUCUUGUUUUUCUCGGUGAUUAUAGUGGGGCGAUAUCUGAUAUAAUCAUUGAUUACUCACCGAUAUCAAUACAAAUGUUGUCGGAGUCUUGCUACUUGAGUACAACAUCGGGUGAUGGGGACGGGGAUGGAGAUGCUCCGUCUUCCGCCAUCGUAGUACGGCUCACAUGGCUCGUACUCAUCCUUUUAUGUAAACUCAAUGGUAAAGCACAAUUAUACAAGGACGUAGCGUUGUCUUAUUUGUUCCUGGCGAACAACUUAAACUACGUGGUUUUGAAGGUUCGGGAAUCGAACUUGAAGCUCCUACUUGGGUCGGAAUGGAUUUCGAAACACGAAAUGAAGGUGAAAGAGUACAUGUCAAAGUACCAAAGGAUGGGAUGGAGCAAAGUAGUUACAUCAAUGCCUGAGAAUCUUACAACUAAAAUAUCAUCGACAGAAAUGGAAGAAUGCUUCAUCAAAUUCAAUUCGAGUUUCGAGGAGGUAUACCGAAAACAAAGUUCAUGGGUUAUACCUGACCCGAAACUCCGUGAUCACGUCAAAAUAUUAUUGGCUAGUAAGAUUGUUUCGACAUAUCAAGUGUUUUACGAGAUGUAUCGUGAAGAAUUAGCAAUGAAUGACUUCGGAACGGAGUCAAUUGUCCGAUUUGCCCCUGAUGAUUUACAAAAUUACUUAUCGGAUUUAUUUCACGGUGCUAAUUUUUCGGAUUCCAGUAUGGGAUGGAGCGGAUCAUAUUCGCCGUCCGUAUCAACAUCAACAUCGAUCACAAGGUCGAUAAAUUAAGUGCAUUUUGAAUAUUAUGAGACAAAAGAGAAGAGUUUGUGUAGAUAAAACAAAAUAUAUAUAUAUAUAUAUUUGUUAAUUUGUAUGUAAUUUUUUGUGGAUAGAAACGGUAUAGUGAAUGGUACAGACUAACUACACUAAAUAUAUAAAUCACUUUAUAUUAAAGAUUUGGGUGUUUUCAUUUGUUGCA